UGCUCCCUCACUCCUAUCUUGUUGGAUUUUUGCUGUCUGUGUGGCAGGUAUAAGGGUUUUAUCAAAGACUGCCCCAGUGGUCAGUUGGACGCAGCUGGUUUUCAGAAGAUCUACAAGCAAUUCUUCCCCUUCGGUGAUCCCACCAAAUUUGCCACCUUUGUCUUCAACGUCUUUGACGAAAACAAGGAUGGACGCAUUGAGUUCUCAGAGUUUAUCCAAGCUCUGUCUGUCACAUCCAGAGGGACACUGGAUGAAAAACUCAGAUGGGCCUUUAAACUUUACGAUCUUGAUAAUGAUGGCUACAUAACCCGAGAUGAGAUGCUGAACAUUGUGGACGCCAUCUACCAGAUGGUGGGGAACACAGUGGAGUUACCUGAGGAGGAAAACACACCAGAGAAGCGAGUUGACCGCAUCUUUGCUAUGAUGGAUAAGAAUGCAGAUGGGAUGUUGACUCUGCAGGAGUUUCAGGAGGGCUCCAAGGCAGACCCAUCUAUUGUACAGGCACUCUCCCUUUAUGAUGGCCUGGUGUAGGCCCAUCUCAAAGUGGCGUUAAGUAAUCAAUACAGCCCAUUUAUGUCAUCCUGCUGGCACUGUGAGAGGAAAGCUGACCUGUCAAAAAUCUCUUGGACCUGCCAACAUGAAGGUGCAUUGUGGGUGCUGCUCUCAAGAGGGGAUCAGCUGUCAAUCACUCAUCUCCACUAUCACUGGAAAACCAAAAUCCGACAAAAAGACAACGUAAACCCUUGCAGAACUCAUUUGGGAUGAGUGAUGUACAGUAAAGGAACCUUUUUGUAAGGAAGAAGAGACGCUCAUAUGGACAGUGACUUUGAGGGCAUCCACAUCAGUGUUGUUAAAUGUAUAACUCAAAUAUUCUAAACACCAAUGAAUGAGUUCCUUAUAGCUGUGGACAUUGUCAUAGGAUGGACCUAGCUGGAUUUCGGUCUUUCCUUCAUUCAUGAUGAACGAAGAUGCAGUUGCAGUUACACAGAGCUUCAGCAAGCACUGGCAUUGAACAACAUGCAUCUAGUUGUAUUUAUUUAUAUAACCUUUCUAUGUAAGUUAGCAAUCUUCAACAAUAAACAAAAACGUAUAAAUCUC